ACCGGGCGGAGGGGCUGCGUCUAGGCCGGCGCGGCGCCUGCGGUCCUCGCUGUCCACAAAGCGCCAGCUGAGCGGCGGCUGCAGCCGGUGCGGCGGAGGCUGCAGAGCUACCGGGUUCCUCGGCGGCCCAGCGCUCCCGGAAGCCGGGCUUGUCAGUGCGGGCAACGCGGGGCCGCUGCUCGCCGUCUGCGGUGGAGCGGCAAGCGGUCGGGCCUGCGUGCGGCGGCGACCCCCGGGAUCGGACCGGGCAGCUCAGGGCCAUGGCCGAGGCGACCGCCGCUCCGACCUCUGAAUGGGACUCGGAAUGCCUCACAUCAUUGCAGCCCCUUCCUCUUCCUACACCUCCAGCGGCAAAUGAGGCACACCUGCAGACCGCAGCCAUCUCCCUGUGGACGGUGGUGGCUGCUGUACAGGCCAUAGAGAGGAAGGUGGAGGUCCACAGCCGGAGGCUCCUCCACCUAGAAGGCAGGACAGGGACUGCGGAGAAGAAACUAGCUGGCUGUGAAAAGACAGUAGCAGAGCUUGGGAACCAGCUGGAUGGCAAGUGGGCCGUGCUGGGGACCCUGCUGCAGGAGUACGGGCUGCUGCAGCGGCGGCUGGAGAACCUGGAGAACCUGUUGAGAAAUAGGAACUUCUGGAUCCUGCGGCUGCCCCCAGGUAUUAAAGGAGAUAUCCCAAAGGUGCCUGUGGCGUUUGAUGAUGUCUCCAUCUACUUUUCCACUCCAGAGUGGGAAAAAUUAGAAGAAUGGCAGAAGGAACUUUACAAGAAUAUCAUGAAGGGCAACUACGAGUCCCUCAUCUCCAUGGAUUAUGCCAUGAACCAACCUGAUGUUUUAUCUCAGAUUCAGCCAGAAGGAGAACACACUACAGAUGACCAACCAAGGCCAGAAGCAAGUGAGAUUCCUGCAGACCCUAGUGAAGAGCCUGGCCUUUCAACCUCAGAUAUUCUGUCUUGGAUUAAACAAGAGGAAGAACCUCAGGUUGGAGUUCCCCAGGAGUCUAAAGAGAGUGAGCUCUACAAAGGCACCUAUGCUGAUGAAGAACUUGUCAUCAAAGCUGAAGACCUUGCUAGAGCCUCCUUGUGCCCUGAAGUUCCGGUAGCCUUCUCUGCUCCUCUACCAGCUGCAGCCAAGGAUGCGUUUUCAGAUGUAGCUUUCAAAAGCCAGCAGUGUACACCCCUGACACCUUUUGGACGUCCAGCCACUGACCUGCCUGAGGCCUCAGAGGGACAAGUGACCUUUACUCAGUUAGGAAGCUACCCUCUCCCUCCUCCGGUUGGAGAGCAGGUGUUCUCCUGCCACCACUGUGGCAAGAGUCUCAGUCAAGACAUGUUGAUGACACACCAGUGUAGCCACGCCGCUGACCACCCCUUACCCUGUGCCCAGUGCCCCAAGCACUUUUCCCCGCAGGCAGAUCUUGGUAGCACCUCCCAGGAUCAUGCCAAUGAGACACCGCCCACCUGCCCACACUGUGCUCGGACCUUCACUCACCCCUCCCGACUUACAUACCACCUUCGCGUCCACAACAGCACUGAGCGCCCUUUUCCCUGUCCUGAUUGUCCCAAGCGCUUCGCUGACCAGGCUCGACUCACUAGCCAUAGGCGAGCUCAUGCUAGUGAGAGGCCCUUCCGGUGCCCGCAGUGUGGUCGUAGCUUCAGCCUGAAGAUCAGUCUCCUGCUGCACCAGAGAGGGCACGCGCAGGAGCGCCCCUUCUCCUGCCCUCAGUGUGGCAUUGACUUCAAUGGCCACUCGGCACUGAUUCGCCACCAGAUGAUCCACACGGGCGAACGGCCCUACCCCUGCACAGACUGCAGCAAGAGCUUCAUGCGUAAGGAACAUUUGCUAAACCACCGGAGGCUGCACACAGGUGAGCGGCCCUUCCAGUGUGCUCACUGCGGCAAGAGCUUCAUCCGCAAGCACCACCUCAUGAAGCACCAGCGCAUCCACACGGGCGAGCGGCCCUACCCCUGCGCAGUGUGCGGAAGGAGCUUCCGCUACAAGCAGACGCUCAAGGACCACCUGCGGACCGGUCACAGUGGAGGCUGUGCGGGUGAUAGGGACCCUUCCGCACAGCCACCAGACCCACCUGGUCCACUCUUAACUGCCCUGGAAACCUCUGGCCUAGGCGUUAGCACUGAAGGUCUAGAGUCUAGUCAGUGGUAUGGGGAAGGGAAUGGAGGGGUGGUUUUGUAAAUCUGUGGUCCAUUGGUUAUUUAUGUUCGUAGCAGAGCAGAAAGUCCAGGAGGAAGCCCACAAGCUCCACAAACCAUAGGAAUUAUUAUCUGGUACAUAAAAGAACUUGAGGUCCACACUUAAUUACAGACAUGCUUGUGCUUUGGAAGCCCACAGCAGUCCAAGAAUACCAUAUUUUGAAAACUGGAAGCGAGUCCAGCACCCCCAUCUUUUAAAUAACACAAAUGCAGGGUUGGAAAGCAAGGUUUAGCUUCUGAUCAUCCUAUUCUGUCAGGGUGGCUGUCAGGGUAGCAGAGUGAAAGUAGGGUGCCUCUCGAUAGGGACAGGCACAUAGGAAGAGCCCCAAAACCUUGAAGCCAUCAGGAGACAUGAGAGCGCCCAGAGCUGUUCUCGGAUUCCUCCGUGGUGAGAUGAUUGUUGGGAGAACAUGCUUUAGCUGCUUGUUAUUGUGUGUCUCUGAAACCAGCUAAGCUCUGUUUAUUCCUGUGUGGUCACCUUUCCCUGGAACAUGACUGAGGCUGUGUUCCUAGGCCUAGGUUCUGUCUGCUAAUACAUUUUGUUUAAUGUUGGUGAACAAGAAAUCUGACUAAUAGCUUAUUUAAGGGGACAGUUCUUAGCUUUUCUUGGCUUGAUUUGAAACAUUCAGACUCUUGUUGCAACUGUUAAGAGGGUAGAGAACUUCACCACAGCCCUGGUUAGAUACUUAGGAGGAGCGUUUUCUCUCCAGUUUUAGAUGCUAAAGAUCCCAGAGAUCCCAGCCACAACAGUGAUAGCAUGGUCUAAAAUUUUAUAUUAACUCAUCCCUUAUCAACCAGCUUGUGUCUGGUUUUUCCUUUUCUGGUGUUUGAUUUUCUUUCUCUCUCUGUCUUUUGAGAGAGGGUUUCCCUGUAUAUACUGGCCUGGAACUUGCUUUGUAGACCAGGCUGGCCUUGGACUCACAGAGAUCUGCCUGCCUCUUCCUCAUGUUCUGGGUGCACCACCACACCCAACCUGAUUUUCUUUACAGUCCUUAUUAGCAAAGAUCAUUGCACUUUGUCAAGGCACAAACACUUUAGAAAGUGCCACUGAGCUCAGGGCUUUUGCUCCCUGGUAGUGUGAUGGCAGUAUUGUAAUGUAACACUCCUGAGGAGAAGAUCUGCACCCCUGACUGCCCCCGCUUCACUGGCAGUGAACAGACUGAGACCCUUCUUCAGCCACUGAGAGCUAAGCAUCGUAUCUGUCUUACUUGUGUGGUGUUUUUAGACAGGGUUUCACUGUGUAGUCCUGGCUGGCCUGGAACUCAGAGAUCUGCCUCCUCUACAUCCAGAAUGCUAAGCUGUCAUGUCCAGCCACCUGUUGUACUUUGAGGGGCCAUGGCUAACAUAUGUUCUUUUCUUGGGCUUGUUUAGUCAUCUGAGUAUCUGAACCUAAGAGUUUAUGCAACCAGGUCUGUGUCCUCUUCCUUUUUCAACUCUCACAUUUUUAUCACCAAAAUGAGGCUGUUGAAAGAAAUGGUGAGCCUCUAAAAACUUUUAAAAAGAAAGAAAAAUCUUGUGAUAUAGUUCUUCUCUGACAAAAUCUUGUUCUUCCUUUGGCUUCUGUCUGGACAAAGCCAAAUGAGACAGAAAACCAAAGCAGAGAAAAUCAUGUAGAAAACUGGUGGAAAUCAGCUUGCCUUGUUGUUCUGCACCUAGUGGGUCCUGAAGUAGACAGAGGAUGAAGCCUACAUUUAGGACAGAAGCUGUUUAUUCCCACGCCCCUUUGUUACUCCAGAGUAGUCUAUGAUGUUUAGAAUAAGAUGUGGAACUGUUCAGACAGGACACUUUCAGGAUAGGAAGGGGAUGCUUCCCCCUUAUUACUUAUUGAAGGCCCAACCUUCAAUCUGCAGAGUUAAUGUAACUAUGGUAUGGAAUGACAUUUGCCUAGCUAAUGUGCUCUUGGCAAAGUUCUGCCCGAACUUUGUUGCUUUCGAGGAUUGUCACACAUACACUGUUUUGUGACAUUCUUAACACCAAGGACCCUGGGAGACAUAAGAAGUGUGUGUGAGACCUGACCUGCUGUUGUAGCUUUCAGCCUGAGGCACUGAAAAUGCCUCGGGACAGGCAAAACCCGAUGGCUGCAUCGAAGUGUAUUGGGAUAAAGAGCUUAGCCAGAAUCUGCACCAUCCACAGGAGAACAUGGAAUUUCUGAAAUUCAAAAGCUGGGGUUCCAGCUUAAUUAAUGACCCUCUAGGGACUUGAAUGUGGGAUUUGCGCCUGAAAAGGAAAAGAAUCAGCAUUAUCCUCAGAGUGAGGGGCUGAAGGAGAGAUACCUACUGAACCUGUGAUGUGGGGCUAGACAACACCUAAAAUUCAUCUGAACCCAAUAGAUUUGCCAAGUACCAAAUGGUUAACAAUGGAAGGCCUUGUGCCAGAGUGCUGCAGAUGCAUCCCAUUGUCUGUUCUGGAAGGAGCCAUAGCCAGCAGGGAUCUAAACUGGCCCAAAGCGAAUGUAGUUCAAAUGCUAACCAAACGAGAGCCAUAAAACCACCAGGUGGUAGUGGUGCAUGACCAUUGCCAGCCCUCAGGAGGCAGAGGCAGGAGGAUCUCUGAGUUCAAGCACAGCUCGGUCUACAGAGAGAGUUCCAGGACAGCCAGGGCUACACAGGGAAAUUCUGUCUUGAAAAACAAAAGCUCCAUAACACCAAAUAAAACAAAAUGUGCAGGGCCAUCCCAGAACCACAGAAGCAUGCGGGAUCCUACUCACUAGUCCGGCUCAAAGCAGGGACUCACCUGUUGUGUAGUCAAUUCUUUUCAUUCACCAGUCUCUUAUCAAGUAGAACCCAUUUGUUGUCAAAGAUUCAGAAGUGGCUCAUUGGAAAAUGUAUCAUCCAACAGAAAUCGUUAGCAAGUAAAAUCUCUUUGCCUCCUAGUGCCUUGAGAGAAACUAUACAUUUAACCCUGCAGUUGAAGGGGCACCUGGGGUCUGGGGCUAAUGACCAGUCCUUGUAGAGAAGGGGAAACGCCAGAAGUAUUCUACUGAUCUGUCUGCCCCCUAGAUGAUGGCACAAAAGAUUCCUCAGAGUGCCCCCAGGCGUUGGCACCAACCAGAUUUACUCUGCUUGCUAGAUUCAUUGUGGACCUUGGAUGAGCCUCUGGUUCAGCCCCAGAUAUGAAAAUAAAUGUAAGUUGGUUAAUUGUUUAGAAAGUAAAAUAUGAUUGAUCCCUUCCUGCUGGGCAUUUGAUAAUGGACACACCUUAGUCAUGAACUCUAGAGAGAGCUAUGUUCUACAUCACUUCCCUCAUUAAUAAACUCUACAAAGUUUCUGGUAGGAGCUCCCCUGGGAGCCUCUUGAGGUCAUAUCUAUCUCAGCCAGGCCCUGUAGCUUAUGAGACAAUAGCAAAUACUCUCUCAGUCCCCAAAAGUCUCACUGACAAAAAAGUACCUAAAUUCCUUUAUCCAUUUCAAUGGGUUAGAAAGCCCAAGUUUAUGUCGUAUUUCUGGAGAGGUACAAGAGACUCGACUCCUCUUAUGCUUUAGCUUCUUAGACAACAAAAGCAGCCUCUGCAGUUGCCUGAGUAGCAAACAAGGCCUUUCCGAUGAGGACAUGAUGUUGCUAUUACAUAUAUGUAUCUGUUUGAGUGGGUAUUUCUGACUUAAUUUCACUCUGGUCUCUUCAGCAAAGGGGCAGCCUCUUAUUCUGUGGGGUGUGUACAUCAUUCUAGUCUUUUGGCAAGCUUCAGACUUCUACAAACACAAUAAUUAGGAGUUCAAUAUUAGGGACUGGGGUGAUAUUUCAGUAAAGUCCUUGCCAUGCAAGCGUGAAUAUUUGAGUCUAAGCCAGGACCAAUGCCAUAGGCUUGAAUCCCAGCACUGGGAAAGCUCUUGCUGGCCUGUCGGCAUAGCCUGAUUGCUAAACCUUAGGUCAGUGAAAGACCCUGUCUCAAAGAACAAAGUCAGUGGCUCCUGAGCAAUGACUCCCAAAGUCCUCUGGUCUCCACAUGAAGAUGUACACACAUAUACACACAUGGUCAGAUUGAUUGAGGGGUGGGGUUAAAAAGAAUGCAGGGACUUAAUGGUUCACGCAUUAGUACAGUAUUAAUGUAAUGGCUAGGAGGAGGACUUCUGAUGUCAGAUCUAAUUCAAGUCUCAAGUAAUAUAGCAUUAUUUUACCUUCUGAAGAUUUUUGUUUAUCUGUAAGGUAUCUCAGAGGUGUUAGAGCUUAAGAACGCACAGAACCAACCUGAAAGGUGAUCACAAAGCCAGGUUGAACUGGGUAUGUCAAGUGUUAAGAACCAAAUGUUUGGCCAGGUGUGAUGGCUCACACCUAUUAACCUGGCACUUGGGAAGCUGGGGCAGGAGGAUUGCUGAGAAUUUAAGACCAGUCUAUGCUACAUAGGAAAACCUGUUUUUAAAAGGGGGAGGAGACAAGAGCCAGAGAGAUGGCUCAUUGUUAAGAAGAGCACUUGCUGCUUUUUUCAGAGAACCUGUGUUCAGUUCCCAGCAUGCACAUGGUGGCUUUCAAUUUUAACUCCAGUUUCAAGAGAACGAAUGCCUUCCUCUGGUCUCUGCAGCCACCAGACAUGCAAGUGAUACACAUAUGUACAUUUUGGCAAAACAUUCAUACACAUAAAAAUAACACCUCUUUUUUUAAAAAGACUGUUCCACAGAAGUACAUGACUGCUGGCUGGCUCAGCCUUUUGUUACCAUCUUUUGCAUAUAUUUAGUAUGAUCUCUUACUGAUUUUUUUUUACACUUACCAGCCUACAUAAGUUUCUGAUGCCAUAACCCCAUAUGGCUCUGAUUCUCUCUUGAUUUUUUUUCUCCUGUUCCUCUUUUUAAAAUAUUUUUAGGUUUUAUUUUAUGUGUCAGUGUUUUGCUUGUAUGUAUGUAUACCAUGUACAUGUCUGGUGCCGCAGAGAUCAGAAGAGGGUAUUAGAUCCCCUAGAAUUGGAGGUAUGGAUGGUUGUGAGCCAUCAUGUGGAUGCUGAGAAUCGAACCUGGGUCCAUUGAAAAAGCAACAAGUGCUCUAAGUCACUGAAUUAAAAAAUAUAUAUAUUGUUAUUUUUUGUUUGUUCUUUUGAGUCAAGGUCUAUGUAGGUCUUGCUGGCUUGGAACUCAAGAUAUAGACCAGGCUGGCCUUGAACACAUAGAGAUCUGAAUGCCUCUGCCUCCCAAGUGCCAGGAUUAAAGACUUGUGCCACAAUGCCUGGCUUAAAACAAAGAUUUAUUUUUAAAAAUUCUUCUCUUAUAUAUUACACCCCAAAGGCAGUUUCUUCUUCCUUCUUCCCUGCCAGUCCCCAUCAUCACCCUAACCCCCACCCCCAUCACUCCUCCUCUCUUUCUCUUCAGAAAUGGGCAGGCCUCCCAGGGCUAUCAACCAAACACGGCAUAUCAAGCUGCAAUAAAACCCGGAGCCCCCCCUCAGCAGAAGGAAAAGGCUUCCAAAGAGUCCAUUCCGUUGUUAGGAGUCCUACAAGAAGAUCAGCAUACACAACUAUAACAACAAGGUUCCCUGAUUAUCAGUUCAGUCUUGGAGGCCCCGUAAGCCCAGUCGGUUCUGUGGGUAAUGCAAAGAAUUCUUUACAGGAGUCUUUUAAAUAUUUCUCAGUUUUUCUUGGUUUAGAUUCUAUACUGUGAAAUCUGGCCCAGCUCCUCUUCCCAUGACCAUCCUAGGUCAGUCAGCUGCAGUCAGCAAUAAAACUCCUCUGGCCCCUGCACCAGGAUUCGUGGACCUGCUGUUCAGGAACGGGAACAGUAUUUAAGUGCUGCCAGAGGGGACAGAAUCUGUUUAAUGUCCAUUGAGGUUUCUUCUACUUCACAAGCAGUUAUCUAAGGCCAAAGCUUAAUGUCCUUGCUCAGAGAACAAGAGGAAGAUGCUGCUUGUCUUUUGAAAGAAGACAUUUGUCACUGUCCUAGUCAAGGGAGGGAGGGUAUUCUUUUCUGUCCCUGCUCUCAUUUUUGUUUAUUUGUUUGUUUAUUGAGAACAGAGUCUCACUGUGUAACUGAGGUUGGCUUCAAACUCACAAUCUUGUCUCAGCUUCCCUAGUGAUGGGAUGACAGAUGAGGGCCACCAUGCCUGGCUCUUCCAUUCCCCAACCCCACACCUCCUCCUUUGUCCUUUUGCUUUUUGAGAUAGUAUUUCAUGUAUUCCAGGCUGACUGCAAACAUGGUAUGUAGCCUAGAUAGAUUACUUUGAUAUUCCUGAAUCCCCUUGGUUUUGUGGAGUGCCAGAGUUCUUUCCAGAGCUUUCUGCAGGUUAGGCAAGUACUCUACCAACAGAGCUACAUCCCCUAGCCUCUUUAAAAACAAACAAACAACAACAACAACAAAAACUAAAUGUGUAGCCCAGGCUGGCUUUGCACUCCAGAUCCUCCUGCCUCUGCCUCCUUCAGCAAAUUCUACUAGCUAGUGCCACCAAAACUGUCUAGCCUCUUCUUUUUAAAGAAUUCACCACAGUCAUAUACAUACAAUAGCCUUAGUCAGCUUGAUCAUUUAAGUGUCCCUCUAUAUCAUGCCUCAGACCAGCAAGGAAGGCAGAACAAUCCAGCCUCAUCAGAACAGACCCCAAAGCAGUGCAUCAGUAAGUGUUAAAGUUAGUCAAGUUAUAUUCUAAAAAAAGGGCUUCAUAAAUCUCACUGAA